CAGUUCGACAAAAUGGGACGUGGCCAGUUAGGUGUUUACGUUAGCGGUCAAGUAUUAGGCUUGUCCCGGCGAAAAUGUCAACAAAUGCCAAUGAUCGUACGUUCAUUAACAUCUUCCUCGGAUUCCGAUUCAUACCAAUAUCUACAACGGUCCAAAUUGCCAACAAUGUAUUUCCAAAAAUCCCUGCCUCGUCUUCCAAUCCCACUGGUGGAGAAAACUUGUGAGCGUUUUCUUGCUGCAAUCCAACCGCUUACCACAGCCCAGGAAUUUUCAGACACUCAACAAGUGGUAAGCGAAUUUAAAUCAAACGAAGCCCCAGAAUUAAACGCAAUGCUGAAACUUAAGGACGAGGCAAAUAAGCAUACCAGUUACAUUUCGGAACCAUGGUUUGACAUGUACCUAAGAGAUCGAUCACCACUGCCGCUGAAUUACAAUCCUCUUCUGGCUAUGAAAAACGAUACGAGGCCCCAGUAUCAGCAUCAGCUAGUAAAGGCGGCCAAUAUAGUUAUUACUUCACUGCGUUUUUGGAGAUCAUUGCUUGCGGGGCUCCUCGAGCCUGAAAUUUUUCACAUGAAUCCCAAGAAAAGUGACACUGAAAGUUAUCGUCGAUGGAUGCGUAUGACACCUCGUAUAGUUGCCACGUAUGCAUCUUAUGUGUUCAAGGCAUUUCCCCUUGAUAUGGUACAGUAUGAGCGGCUUUUUGGAACAUCUCGUAUUCCUGAAAUCGAUAAAGACUAUUUGGUGCAAUCACCUACUUCGAAGCACAUAAUGGUUAUGCGCCGUGGAAACAUUUAUGCUGUUGAUGUUCUGGAUACAAAUGGUAACAUCGAGCCAGCACGAGAGAUUUUGGCCCGUUUAUGUGCUGUAGAAAAAUUGGAUGACUCAAAAUCGCCAGCCGAAGUGCCCUUGGGAGUGUUGACAUCAAGCGAGCGCAAUCAGUGGGCCCGUGUACGUCAGCAUAUGAUCAAAAGUAGUAUAAACAAUGAACUAUUGACGCAGCAAAUUGAUACUGCAUUAUUCUGCAUAUGUCUGGACACCGCCGAAGAUCCAGUGUAUAGUGAAUCUGAUCCCAUACCUGCAUUUAAAAACAUGCUUGCCGGGAAGGCAACGAAUAGAUGGUUUGACAAAUCUCUUUCUAUGCUGCUUACAGCCGAUGGCACGGCCGCCAUUAAUUUUGAGCACUCCUGGGGCGAUGGUGUAGCCGUUUUGCGUUAUUUCAACGAAGUCUUUAAGGAGACCAUGAAUAGGCCAUUCGUUAGCACUGACGAUCUGAAAAGUAUUACCCAGCUUCCGGUAAACACUGAUAAAGUACGUCAUCUCAAUUUUGAAAUUGACGAUCAUUUAAAGAAUGAAGUAAAAAAUGCUUACGAUAGAAAUUUGAAGACGAUCAACUCACUGAAUAUGCAAAUGCUUAUAUAUCCCAAACUAAGCAAAAAAGCAUGCAAAGCAGAUCGCUUGAGCCCUGAUUCUAUUAUGCAAUUGUCGUUCCAAUUAGCCUAUAAGCAAGCAUAUGGGAAAUAUGUUGGCACCUACGAAUCUUGUAGCACUGCUGCUUUUAGACAUGGCCGUACUGAGACAAUGAGACCUUGCACAUUGGCCACGACAGAGUUUUGUGAUAACGUGCUGUCUAGCCAAAAAGAUUUCGAUGCUAAGAAAUUAAGGGCACUUAUAGAUAAAUGCUCCACCUACCACAGUCAAUUGACCAAGGAUGCUGCCAUGGGGCAAGGAUUUGAUCGCCAUCUUUUUGCUCUAAAACAUACAGCCAUGACUAACAAUAAGACUAUACCAAAGCUUUAUGACACCGAGGCUUACAAACGCAUCAAUUAUAAUAUAAUAAGUACUUCGACUUUAUCGUCGGAUGGUUUAUUAUCCGGUUCAUUUGGUCCCGUAGUUCGUGAUGGUUUAGGUAUAGGCUAUUCCAUACAAAACGAAAUGUGUGGUGUGGUGGUAACAUCCUAUGAAAAUGGUUGCAAUGGCAAGGAAUUCGUAUCUAGCUUAGAGCAAUCCUUCAAUACUAUACGUCGAGUUAUUGACGAAAGCAAAUAAGGCUGUGUUUAUUUUUGUUUUAAUUGGAUACCUUUUAGCAGUCGCUGUAGUUUACCCUUACCUUGGAAGAGCUCUAUUCAAUUUCUAAUCAUUAAUGUUUCUGUUUACAUUAUGACUGCAUUUUGUGCAUUUAGUUUUAAGUAGAAAGAUCUUUUCCCAUCAAAUCGUAAUGUUAUGCAAAUGUUUUCAAAAUCGUAAUGUUUUGCAUACAUACAUUUCUCUUUGCAUUUUUAAAUACAUCGGAAUGUCCAAAAUCGA